CUCUUUGGCCCCGCCCCUAAGUGACGCAUGCGUGGAGGAUAUGCGCUUUGCAGCAAAGUCCUCCUUUACGCCACACACGCUUCUAAGCCUCGCUACUAACUACACUUUAUUCAUCCUCCGUGUCAGGAUAAUCUCCACUCGUCUCACUCAACUUUGGACAUUAUUAGGCCCGCUUAGCUUGCUACUUGUUUUAGCGCGCUAGUUAGCUUUGCAUACUAGUUGUUUUAGCGCGCUAGUUAGCUUAACAUGCUAGUUAGCUUAGCUUGUUAGCUGCUAACAAAGAGAGGCGGAUUUGAUCAACACAUCGCUUAGUUAAGAUCAAGUGUGAGUGUAAAGUGUUGUGAUUGUGUGAAAAUGUGUGAAAGAACGAUAGCAGAGUACAAAGAGGAACUUUCUCGGACGAAAGAAGAACAAAAGACUACGUCAACUACUGGACGCUGUUUUCAAGAAACCUCAAGUUGUGUUACACAGAACAGACGUCUGUGAAGAUUAUCUUCACCCUAAGCAACAGCAGUGGAGCUUCAGGAUGCGGACGGAGGAGCCACAGCCCUCCCACAUUAAGAAAGAAGAGGAAUACCCACUCAUCCCCCAUUUUAAAGAGGAAGAGGAGGACCCACUGACACCCCAUUUUAAAGAGGAAGCGGUGGAUCCACUGAGCCCUCACAUUAAGGAGGAAGAGGAGUACCCACUGAGCCCUCACAUUAAGGAGGAAGAGGAGUACCCACUGAGCCCUCACAUUAAGGAGGAAGAGGAGUACCCACUGAGCCCUCACAUUAAGGAGGAAGAGGUGGAUCCACUGACCCCUCACGUUAAGGAGGAAGAGGAGGACCCACUGACCCCUCACAUUAAAGAGGAGGAACACAGCAUCAGUCAGCAUGUUGAAGGAGUGGAGGAGGUUGAUGUCACCAAGAUGCCAGUGACUGGUGUCCCUGUGAAGAGUGAUGUCACCAAGAUGCCAGUGACUGGUGUCCCUGUGAAGAGUGAUGUCACCAAGAUGCCAGUGACUGGUGUCCCUGUGAAGAGUGAUGUCACCAAGAUGCCAGUGACUGGUGUCCCUGUGAAGAGUGAUGUCACCAAGAUGCCAGUGACUGGUGUCCCUGUGAAGAGUGAUGUCACCAAGAUGCCAGUGACUGGUGUCCCUGUGAAGAGUGAUGUCACCAAGAUGCCAGUGACUGGUGUCCCUGUGAAGAGUGAUGUCACCAAGAUGCCAGUGACUGGUGUCCCUGUGAAGAGUGAAGAUGAUGAGGUCAAAGGUGAGAGUGAGGAGAAGAGAAGCAGCAGGUCAACAGAAGGUGAUGGAGACCACUGUGGAGGAUCACAAGCAGACAAGAUGUUAUGUCCACUAUCAGAUAGUGAGGACACAAGGUCACACUCUCCUGACACUGAUGAUGAACACUCUAAACAUGAUGCAACAUGUCACACUGACAACACUCACUUCACGUGUUCUCACUGUGACAAAACCUUUAAAUACCAUUGUCGUCUAAAAGCACACAAGAGAAUACACACUGGAGAAAAACCUUUUUCCUGCUCAGAAUGUGGUAAAAGUUUUACGAUAGAUAAAAGUUUAAAAGCCCACAUGAGAAGACACACUGGAGAAAAACCUUUUUCAUGUUCAGAAUGUGGUAAAAGUUUUGUAGUAAAUGAAAGUUUAACAGUACACAUGAGAAGACACACUGGAGAAAAACCUUUUUCCUGCUCAGAAUGUGGUAAAAGUUUUGUAAUAAAUGAAAGUUUAAAAGCCCACAUGAGAACACACACUGGAGAAAAACCUUUUUCCUGCUCAGAAUGUGGUAAAAGUUUUCUAAUAAAUCAAAGUUUAAAAGUACACAUGAGAAGACACACUGGAGAAAAACCAUUUUCAUGUUCAGAAUGUGGUAAAAGUUUUGUAGUAAAUGAGAGUUUAAAAUCACACAUGAGAAGGCACUCUGGUGAAAAACCUUUUUCCUGUUCAAGCUGCAACAAAAGUUUUUGUCACCUAAAGACUCUUAAAGCACACAUAAGAAGACACCCAGGAGAGAAAGUGUUGAGUUGCAGUGUGUGUGGUGAAAGAUUGUCUUCUAAGUACCAGUGGAAGAAACACAAGUGUGCUGGUGAGAACAGCAGCAGCAAAUGAAGAUGCACGAUUUGAAAUCAACUUGAACUUUGACUUUCUAACAACAUCAGCACAUAUAACAUGUGUGACAUCAUUGUUGUGUGUGUAACACAAUCUUGUUAGUAUGAUUGUAACAUUUAUAGAUUAGACACUUGAGAUUAGUGCUUUUAUUUCAGUCAAGUACAAGAGUUAAUAUACACAUUUGUGUACUUUAAAAUGAACAGAACAAUUGGACUGAAAAGGUGAGAAUAAACAGUACAUAAAAUAUGUUACAUACAAUAAUCAUUUUGUGUGUAGAUAUUCAUAAUUCACUUUUAUAAUUAUUCAUAAUAGUGUUUUAUAUAUGUUUUUGAAAUAAUGAAGUGUUACAUAUUUUAUUUUGUAAUUGUAGAUGAUUCCAUAGAUGAACUCCUUUAUAUAAUAUACAUAUUUGUUUUACAUGUGUUCAUACUUUUGCUUUUGAGUACUCAUAAAUCCCUCUUAGUUCAUAUUUACUGGUUCACAUCUGAAACAUCUUCUGGACCACUUCUGGAAGCAUAUUAUUAUUUACUUUAUACAUCAUUUCAGCAGUUGUCUUUUAUACAAUUUUAAAAUGUGUGACUUUAUGAAUCAUUUGUUGGGUCUCUAUAAUCCAUUCUAUUAAUUGUCUUUAUUACUCUCUUGUGUAAUAUAAAUAUUGUUGUGUGAUUGUUUUAUAUGUA